AUGCACCAGGAGCAUCUCCGGAAACAGCUUGGGCUCAGGCACAAGCACAAGAUCAAUGCGAACCUGAAGAAGUGCAUCUUCGGUGCGAGCGAGAUACCCAAUGGCGUACGCCCUGACCCCGAGAAGGUCAGAGUGAUCAAUGAAUGGCCUACACCGUCCAACGUGAAGGAACUGCGGCAGUUUAAUGGCCAUGCCACGUACUUCUGCAAGUACAUGGACAACUACCUAGGCAAGAUUCGACGCUUUCGCAGCUUCCGAAGAAGGAAGGCGUUCGAUGCAGUCAAGCUGGGCUUGACUGAAGCACCGAACUUGACCGUGGCCGACCAAGAUCGUUCAUUUCACGUAGUGUGUGACGCAUCCGAUUUUGCGAUCAGAUGUGCGGUAAUGCAACUCGAUUACGAGAGUCGUGAUCGAGUCGUCUACGAACCGUCGCAUCAGCUAAAGCCAGCUGAGCGAAACUAUCCGGUACAUGACAAGGAACUCCUUGUCAUGAAGUACGCACUCGCGAAGUUCCGAGUGUACUUACUCGACAACACGCCGUUCGUGGACUAUACGGACCACGCGGCGUUGCGGACGGCUGUGAAGUCUCCGCACAUCUCGUAA